CAUCUCUACCUCUUUGUGGAGACUAUCGCUACAAUUUGGGGCCAAUUUAUUUUAGCUUCAGAUUUAAUUUCUUUAUUAUUAAACCAAAGGUCUUCAACCAAUUGGACGGUCAAGUUUAUUAAUAAGUGUCCAUCUUAUUUCUAUGUAAAUCUUUAUUAAAUCAUCUUCAUCUUAACUCAGUGAAAGUGACUCAACAUUAUAAAGUAAUAAACCUGAAGACCCACCCGGAUUUUUGUUACUCAAAUCGGAUUAUGUUUUAGUUAAUAUUUGAUACAUUUUAGGGUCAUUUUAAUCGUUGAAUUUUUCUGUGAUUUUGAUAUGUCCAUUAACUAACCUAAUCCCAAGUUGAUUUUUAUCCAUCUGUAACUCGAUAUAGCUGGCUAUUUAUUUAUUUGUUGGCACCAUUGUGUCUAUUUAAAAGUGGACUUGUGUUUUGGGCUUGCCUGGUUUCAUCCUAUGAUUGACAUUAACAUCAGUAUUAACAUCAGCAGUUAUAUUAGUCAUCUAAACACACGGACAACUACGAGUUAACCCUUUAUUCUGGUCGUUAAAUUUUAUUUAGGUUUUCAGUGCCUGAUAAUUCAUUCCAGCCAUUUUCUAUUACCAUAUUUAUUGUUUUAAUUUCCCGUACUUCUUAGCUGUUGGGGUUAUCUCAAAUUUUAUACGAUCUUUUUCGCUUCUAUCAGAUUUUCUCUUACCUUUAACAGUUUGGUAUCUAAGACAAUAUUAAAUACACAUAAUAAAACCAAUUAUUACUCUUGGUAGACACCUUUAAGAUCACAUUGAGCGCAGUGUUGAUAUUGAUAGAAGUUGACAUUACCAUUUCCAAAUUCCAGUUAUUUCUCAAUUUCAUUCCUCCACCAACCCUUGUUAAGUGUUGAAUACUCGGACAGAAUCAUUUAAAGUGCAUUUACCCAUCGAUAUCAAAUAUUUAACCAAGUUCUGAAGGCAUUUAUUCACUGGUGACCCAUUAUUGACCUGUUUUUACUCAGUUAACAGUCAAUUCCAAGUAUCUCCAAGAUAGCUUAAUCAUCAUCACCAUCUUUCCAUUCGAAUGACAUAAAGCCUUGUAUACAAUGGGAGAGCCACAUUUCUACAAGUUUGGUGAACAUGGAUCUGGAUUCCGAGCUCCUAAUCCCGAUGCCAUUCAAGAUUUCCACAAAAUUCGUGACCAAUGUCUCCAAAGUGGACAAUUGUUUGAAGAUAAAUCGUUUCCAGCCAUUGGAGCAUCUCUAUUUUUCUCAAGUCGUAAAGGCAACGAAUUCAAAUGGAUGAGACCUAAAGAAUUAGUCGAUGAUCCCAAAUUCAUUUUGGAAGGAGCUUCACGUUUCGAUGUUUGUCAAGGCGAGCUCGGUGAUUGUUGGCUUCUUGCUUCAAUUGCUAAUUUGACACUCAAUGAGAAACUCUUCAGGAGAGUUGUUCCUCAUGAUCAAUCUUUUGGUUCCGAUUAUGCUGGAAUCUUUCAUUUCCGUUUCUGGCAAUAUGGUAAAUGGAUUGAUAUUUGCGUUGAUGAUCGAUUACCAACCAUGAAUGGAAAGCUUGUUCUCAUGCAUUCAAAGGAUAGGAAUGAAUUCUGGAGCGCACUUUUAGAGAAAGCUUAUGCAAAAUUGCAUGGCAGUUAUGAAGCCUUAAAAGGAGGAACUGUUACAGAGGCGCUAACUGAUUUCACUGGUGGUUUGACUGAAUUCUAUGAGAUUCAAUCAGAUGAAUGUCCAGCCAAUCUGCUUCAAAUAAUGACUAAAGCGCACCAAAGAUCUUCUUUUAUGGGCUGUUCUAUUGAUGCUCUUGACGCUUCUUCAAUGGAAUCAGAAUUACCAAAUGGUUUGAUCAAAGGACAUGCAUACUCUAUAACAGCAGUUCGAUGUGUUGACCUAAAAACUUCUCGGGUUCAAGGAAAAAUUCCCUUGAUUCGUAUACGAAAUCCAUGGGGAAAUGAAGCUGAAUGGAAAGGGCCUUGGGGUGACGGAUCACGAGAGUGGACUUUGGUUUCUGAGGAAGAAAAGAAAAGUCUUGAAUUAAAUUUCGAUCACGAUGGUGAAUUUUGGAUGACAUUCCAAGAUUUCAAAGCUAACUUCACUAAACUUGAAAUUUGUCAUCUCAAACCUGAGCCUACUGGUACAAAUGAGAGCAAAAAGGUUUGGAGUGAAGUGCAUUUUGAAGGUGAAUGGGUUGCUGGUGUAACUGCUGGAGGUUGUCGUAAUAAUAUCCAAACAUUUGCCAGUAAUCCUCAGUACAUAAUUGAACUAAAAGACCAUGAUGAGGAUGAUGAAGAUGAUCUUUGUACUCUUAUUGUUGGUCUUAUGCAAAAAAAUCGUCGUGCUAAACGUAAAAUGGGUCUCGAUUCAUUGACCAUUGGGUUUGCUGUUUACGCAAUCAAAGAUGGCCUUUUUUCUUAUGGAGAUGAGCCAGCUGCUGUUCGAGGUUAUGCUCGUCGUCAAUUGCUACCAACAGAGUUUUUCAAGUACAACGCUUCAGUUGCCAGAUCUCCUACUUUCAUCAAUUUGAGAGAAGUUUCAUCUCGUAUGAGGCUUCCUCCCGGUCAAUAUUGUAUUAUACCGUCCACAUUUGAUCCCAAUGAGGAAGGUGAAUUUCUGCUGCGUAUAUUCACCGAGAGGCCACCCUCAACUGCCGAAGAAAACGAUGACGAAGUUGGUUAUUGCCCAGAAGAUAUUGAUCAACAUAAUGUUAUUGCCAUCGAUGACUCGAAAGACAAAGUCGCUGAAGAAGAUAUUAUUCGCCGUGAAGUUAAACCACCUUUACCAGGUCCAGGCGCAGGAAUACUCGAUGUUCAAAACAUAACCCGUUAUAUUGAGAUAUUUGAUACAGUCAUGAAUGGUCUUCGUUUUGUGUUAACAAACUGUGUCCAAAGUGAAGAAACACAAGAAUCCGUUCAACAAUCACAGGGAACAAAAGUUUUAUCGACCAAAACAGCCGAUUUCUUUUCUAAAAUCGCUGGUGAAGACAUGGAAGUUGAUGCUGCUGAAUUACAAGAAAUACUUAAUCAUGCACUCAAGAAAGCUAUUGAAUUCAAGUUCGAUGGCUUCUCCUUGGAUACAUGUCGAUCUAUGAUAGCUUUACUCGAUGAUGACAGAUCAGGUAAACUCGGUUUGGAUGAAUUCACAUCUCUAUGGACCAAAGUUAGACAUUGGUGUGAUGUCUUCAAAAGCCAUGACAAAGAUUCAAGUGGAACCAUUAACACUGCAGAGCUUCGUGCUGCUCUUCACGAAACUGGCCUGUCUGUUAAUCGGCAAAUACUGAUUCUCAUUGUUCAUCGUUAUGGAGAUAUUAGUGGCAAAAAACACGAUAAUUCAGUGAAACACGAGAGACAUUUAUCAUUUGAUAACUUUAUCCACGUUUGCUUAAAAUUGAAACACAGUAUUGAAAUUUGGAACAAUCAAAACUCAUCUUUUGCUCGUUCGCUACCAAAAGUCUCCUCAGGAGCUUUAUUCACUCUCGAUGAGUGGGUUGAAAAAGUAAUGUACUGCUAAUGGAGUCUACACUGGAUGGCAAUUAUUCUCAAAAUUAUGUCUUCAAGAUUGUGUCUUAACUGAAGAUAAACCAAUGCUGAAACUGAUACUCGCCAUGCACACGUUUACAUUAUUCAUAUAAAGCAUCAAGUGGACAAAAUUAUGUGCUGCUCGAUUUUAAUUUUCUUGUCUUGCAAUCAUUGUUAUCCUGAAAUCUUGUAACCCUUUUCCCAUUGUUUCCUCAUACUAUGUUUAUCGUUUGAUCAAUCACCACCAAGACUGUGAUUCAAUUGAUAACUACAUUGUAUUUGUCAAUUUGUCUCUUUCAUUGUGUUUAAUUUUCAGCCAAAAUUACCUCGGUUUCCUUGGUUUGUUCAGUUUAAUUUUGUUGUUCCCUCUUUUUCUUUUGACCAAACAAUGAAAAAAACUGUGCUGUAUUUUACCUCAUGAUUAAUUAAAACUAAAAUCAUUUAUUACAACAAUAA